ACCGGACCUCUCCCGCAGUCCCGCAGCUCUUCCUAAUUCCUAGCCUCGGCAAUAUCUCAAACUUUAAACUUUAUGGGAGGGAGGACACCGGAGGAGACAGUAAAAUUAAUCAGUUUUGCUACUAGCCGCUGCUCUCAGUUCUCAACUCGCCAGUUGCUACAAGCCCAUCUCUGCUUCUCAGAAAACUGGUACGGAGUUUUUUUUUAAUUAUAUAUAGGAACUCGAAUUGAGUUGGAGCUUAAACAAUCGAAUAGUCUUAGAUAAAGGAGCUAAAGUGAAAAACAUGGACAUUGGAAUGUCUUGUUGAAGUAUUCCGGAUUCGUUUUCCGGCAAGCCGACUGCAUUGUGUUGUUCAGGCAUUCCAUCAGACCUUGCUUCUAUCCAUGUCAAUCACAUCGCCUCUGUACAAAUCAAUCUUUUAUCGUUCGGCCUCUUUCUUCUCAUCCCGUUGUUCAUUUCACUGCUCAAGUUCGACUUUUCCUGAAAAAAGAUUUGAUCUUUUAGAGCAGUUUUCCCCUUUCCAGAAUUUAUCAAACUCCGAAAGUUACACUUUGAUUACUUCAAACGAGAGGCGUAGAAUCAUUGUAGGCCUAUCAAAAAUAAUAAAAAAGGAAAAUGACUAUUAUUUGAGUGCAUUUUCCAAGCAGUUCUGCCCAUAUUGUCUUGUAGAAAUCAUGGUAUCCUUCCAUGACCGGGGAGUUGCGUUUGCACUCUUUAAAUAUGUAUUUCGAGACCAUUCAGAGGGUAUGGUGCAAUCGUGUUCCGUAGCUGCGCUUCUAUUGGAAGCUAUGGAGCUUAGGUUGAUGUCACAAGACAUGCUUUCAUGGAUAAUUAGGAAGAUUGGGGAAUAUAGAGGUGAUGAAGUGGUAAACUUUACAUGGCGUGAACGCAGUUUAUAUCAAUUAGAUUGCUAUUCAGUACUUAAUUCAUUAAUGCGAGCAUUUUUAAGUUCUGAAAUGACUUCUGGAGCUUUGAAGAUUCUGGGUAUGAUGAGAAACGCUGGAUUGCAGCCAAGCUUGUCAGCCAUUAGUAUUUUAUUCAAAUUAUUGCUUAAGUUUGGCUAUCAUGAUAGUGUGUGGAUUUUAUUUCGUGAGAUUUUGAAUAAAGGGCCUUGCCCUAAUAUAUAUGUAUAUAACGUGAUAAUUCUUGGGUUUAGUAAAAGAGGGUUUCUUCAAAUUGGAGAGAGUUUGUUCCAUUUAAUGAUAAAGUUUGAUUGCGAACCAGACAUUGUGACGUAUAACAUUUUGGUAAAUGCAUAUUGUAUGAAGGGUUUGACUUCAGAUGCAUUGAAUUGGAUGAAUAUGAUGAUCGAACUUGGUGGGUGUAACCCUAACAGCAUCACUUUUGGUACAAUCAUUAACGCUUUGUGUAAGGAGGGGAAAAUUCUCGAAGCAAAGAAGAUCUUUGAUGGAAUGGAAGAAGCCGGUGUUUAUGCAAGCAUUGAAAUAUAUAACACUUUGAUGGAUGGGUAUGUUAAAGCAAGAGAAAUCGAUAAAGCUAAUGCCCUUUAUGAAGAAAUGGUAAAGAAAGGAAUCUCUCCAGACGGUAUAACUUUCAAUGUCUUGGCGGGAGGGUAUUACAAGUAUAGGAGGGAAAACUGUACCGACAUAUUGUUAAGAGAUUUAAUCACGAGAGAACUAAUUCCAGAGUGUUCAUUAACCGAUGUGACAAUAUCUGGACUGUGUUGGUCCGAAAGGUUGGAUGAGGCUGUAGAAAUGUUGCAUACUAUGCUUGAGCGGGGAAUACCUCUUAGUGUUAUUUCUUUUAAUUCCAUCAUUGCUGCAUAUAGCAAAGCGGGGUUAGGAGAACAUGCAUUUGGUAUCUAUAAUAUGAUGGUGAUGUUUGGCCAUAUUCCGUCUGCCUCCACAUGCGCUUCUCUACUCAUGUGCUUGUGUACAACGGGGAGGCUUCAAAAAGCAAAGGAACUUAUAAAUAAGAUGAUUGCAAUGGACUUCCCUAUCAGCAUAGUCUCAUUCACUGUGCUUUUAGAUGGUUAUUUCAAGAGAGGGGAUACUGAUAAUGCUACAAUUUUGUGGGGAGAGAUGGGAAGAUUGGGUAUGACUCCUGAUGUUGUUGUGUUUUCAGCAUUUAUUGAUGGGCUAUGUAAAAAUGGAUCUAUCGUAGAAGCUUAUAAAACAUUUCUGGAGAUGAAAACAAAGGAACUAGUGCCAAAUAAUUUUGUGUACAACUCUUUAAUUGCUGCUUUUUGUAAGAGAGGAAGACUGGAUGCAGCUUUGAUGUUGGAGAAGGAGAUGAGAGUGAAUGGCCUUAUCCCUGACAUAUUUACAAUUAACAUCAUCAUUAAAGGGUUAUGUAAGCAGGGAAGGAUGCAGUCAGCUAUAGACACUUACAUUGAGAUGCAACAUAGUGGAGUAAGACCUGACACUGUUACUUACAAUACUUUGAUUGACGGAUUCAUUAAAUCAUUUGACAUGGCUAAAGCGGAUAACAUAGUGAGUAAAAUGUUUGCGAGUGGAUCGGAACCGGAUAUUACUACCUAUAAUAUAUGGCUUCAGGGUUGUUUCACUACCAAGAAGAUUAACCGGGCUGUUAUGAUGUUGAAUGAGCUUAUUUCUGUUGGGAUUGUUCCAAAUACGGUUACAUACAACAUUAUGAUGAACAUUGCAUGUAAUGAUAUACUGGAACGUGCUAUGAUUUUGGGUGCAAAGUUACUUAAGAUGGCAUUUAUCCCAAAUACUGUCACAGCUAAUUUACUUCUGUCUCAACUUUGCAAACAAGGGCUACCAGAGAGGGCAUUAAUGUGGGGACAAAAGUUGAGCGAAAUUGGCAUCGAGUUUGACGAAAUAACAUACAAAAUAUUGGACAGAGCAUCAACAUCGUGUGAUACUAAUAUAAGGCCUUAUACUGAUUACUCUACAGGGAUGACGGAAAAGAGUCUGUUUGUAGACAUUCUCAUGUACAUUACCUGUGACUAUUUGGGUAAGAGAAGAGCUCAAUAUGAUAGCACCGACUAUUCUGUUGAAAUUAUUGAUGCACCUAGCGGGCCUUUAAAGCUGGUGAACUGGGUGAGUUUGUAAUAAUGUAAAGCAUUAAGAGAACCAAAAGAUUGUACUUUUGUUGAGAUCCAACCUGAAACAUUCCUGGUUCAAAGGGAAAGAGGGGGUCAUUCCCUUUGAGAAGGAAGGUCCAGUCAGAAGAGCAGUGGGAGGUAUUGUCUAUCAUAUUUGCAAUUAUUUCUGUACAAAUUCUUGUUCUUCGUUUGAACAGUUUAAAGUGUGUGCAACUUCCAAGUUAGAUUUGGUUUUUCUCAUUUUGACUUUUGAGAAAGCUCUACAUUAGCUUGUUUUCUUAGUCAUAUUUUCUACCAAAUAGAAGUUUUACUAUUUGACUACAUAAGAUUUAUCUGCUGAUAAUAAGGAAAAAUGGUGCAAAAGCUUUUUGUGUGUGUGGCCAAAAUGAAAUAAAUGGCCACUCUCCCGGUCUCCCCUAGAAUUUUAGUAAUUCUUUCAAACUUUCAUUAAACUUAUUUAAAAUACAUACGUAGUAUUUAAUAUAAAGUACAUUUUUGAUAAUUCAACUAAAAUUGAGAUUUCAGUCCCUCAGUUUUUAUAAAUUCAGACAAUUAUACUCUGCAAAACAGGCUCUAGUUAUUGGUGUCCUCUCUCUUAUAUCUAAAAGGAUAUUCUAUUCUUGCCAAACCCAGAAAUGUAUGCCAGUUUUGCUAACGGAUUCCAUCAUUUCAUUUGUUCUUUGUCAUUGACAUAAAGAAGAACUAUGUAUCCUUAUUCCUCUGUGUUAUGCCUUCAUUUUUGUUUUCAGUUUCUCAUAUUUAAAACAAUAUCAAUUUAAUUAUUAUUUUAUCAAUUCUAUAUACUAUCCUCCGUUGGUGUCAACUGUCAAGACCAUAAUUAUAUUUAUUAUUUAAGAACCAUUCUUGGGGUCUAAGUAGCACGGAAACGGGAAACGUGAAACGUGAAACGGGAAACGGGAAACGCAAGAAACGUAAUUUCAAAAAAAAUAUAGGACACGAAACGUGGGGGAAACGCGUAAAUAUUAUAAAAUAUAAGGAUAUGUUUAUAAAUAUUUUUUAAUAUAUGUACACAAGUUUUUUCAUAUGCACAUGUUUUUUUAAUAUAAUUUGUUUAAUAACCACAUAAUAAAAUCACUCUACAUGUUCGAAUUUAGAUAUUAUUUCAUAUUAGUACAUAAUAAAACAUAAAAUCUACGGAGUAAUACAUUUCUAGCAAUACAUUGCGUUACGAAAUGUAACAAGUGUUGCCGCUGAGAAAUACCACAAAAAUUCUAUAAAAAUUAUUUUCCACCACAGAAUCUUUUGAAAAAGAAAAAAAAUUGGAAUCCAAGGUUUCCGAAACGUAGUGAAACGGGUUUCCAAAUUUUUCUUAAUUACGGAAACGGCCCCGAAAUGGGAAUUUGAAGUUUCCGAGUUUCCGAAACGCUUCCGAGUUUCCGAAACGUGGAAACGUGAGCCAUGGAGAGUUUCCGUGCUUCCUAGCUUGGGGUAAACCUUUUGUACACCCUGCUAUUUAUAAGGAUGUUCACAUAUGAAUUGCAUUUUUUGUUAUGAAUUGCCUGUGUAUACAAAAGGUGUACACCUAGUUUUAGUAAACAUUAUAGAAAAGUUAAUAUUUUGGAAAUUCACAUUAAUAGAAAUUUAAUAAAAAUUUUAUUCAUAAUAAUUUGAUUAUAUAUAUUAGUAGAAAACUAUGGUCAAAGUAAGGUGUGUGAAUAGUGCAAAAAACAAUGUUGCAACUAUUAAAAACGGAGGAAAUAUUAUUAUCAUCGCUAAAGAAAUUUUAUUUAAAACUAACAUAAUAUUUUUAAAGAUUCAAAAUUCAUGAUAUUUUGAGAACUUGAGUCUAAGAUUGAUAGUAUCAAUCUGGCAUAUCAUUAUCACGAGUUGAUAGAUAACCUACCUUUCAGGUCUUCAAAUGAUAAAUUCCUACUACCUCUGUCCCACUUAAAGGUUCCCGUCCAGUAUUCUCCGAUCAAGUAAUGGCAGAGUUAACAUUGAUGAACCUGUACCAACAUCUUCCACAUGCUGGAAAGACAAAGAGUUCAGUAACAGAGUUGAGAGUAAAUAUUCAAGGUGCCUGGUAGGUGGUCGGGUUUAGUGAAUUUGUGGUCUAACAAGUGUUACUGGUCAAGGAAACUGACAAAAUUACUUGACAAAGCUAAAGUUGAGCUGAUUCCACCCCCCAUUGGUGAAGGUACAUAUUGCGAAGCGUAUUUCAAAGAUUUACGUCCAUAUUUAGAUUGGUCUCCAGAGCAGCAGAUCUUGGUUGGAUUUUGCCUACAUCUCUGAAAACAGAAAAGGAGGAGACUGAAAUUAAAAUGCAGAUGUAAGGGGAUUCUGAUAAGUGAAAGCAGCGAUACUGCCACUGAAGUUGAUGGUCAAACCAAUGAAGACCUGUAUUAGGCCAAGUGUGCAUUGAAUAAGUUGAGAACAAAUGGAUGAGUCUGCUUGAGUUCUGCGGGGUCAUCAGACAUUUUGAAGCAGCUAUUAUGAAUUUGGAGCAAGUUUAAAAAAAUGCAAGUUAAUUUUAUGGGAAAACUACUAUUAGCCCGGUAAGAUUAGGUCAAAAUCAUUAAUUCAACCUCACAUUUUUAAAAUUUAAUUAAUGACCCCUUGAAUUUUGGUUAUUCCCACAAUUUACCUCUCCAAUCAACAUUUAGCUGUAUAUAAUGGUUAAAUAUAAUAAAUGUUUUCUAAAAUACAUGUUUAUAAAAGUCAAGAUAAUUCAUCAUCAUGAUUGUAAACCAUAUUUGUUUCUGGUUAUUUCAUCUUUCCUGCUAGACUUCUAGUGAUAAUUAUGAUAAUAAGUUAUUUUUACUUUUAAAAAUGGAUAUGGUAGAGAACCUUCAUUAAAUCUGAGAGUUGUUUGAAAUUUAAAUGAGAUAAAUAUUAAUGUGAAGGGAAAACGGUUAGAAUAAUCAAAAUUCAAGGAAAACUAAUUGCUUUUUGAAAUUCAAGGUUGCAUGCAUUAUUAUGCUAUUAUCGUGAGGGGAUAUAGUAAUUUUCCUUAAUUUUGUUUAGAAGUUAGAUUUAGUCUCAUAAUUUUGAUGCUUUAGGAUUUUUUCUUUUGGACGGAAAUGAGAUCAAACCAGAAUUCCGUAGUUAUAACAUACACAGAGACCAGACAUUUACAAGACCAGACCAGACCAGUAAAUUUCAGUGCAAAAGACAUUUCGUUUUAAUAUCAGGCGCUUGCUGGGCGUUGUUACUACAUCGGAUAGAGACAUUUCGUUUCACACACGUGUGUGUGAGGCGGGGGUAGUUUGAAUUUGGUGUCAAUAUAGAAAAUGUAAAAGUUAUGCAUAAAUUACACAAAAAAACCCAAUUUGACUUCC